AUGAUGCAUAGAUUUGCAUUUGAAGCUCUUGAUCGGACUUUUAAAGACAUAAUAGGUGUUGAUUUGCCAUUUGUGGGCAAAGUGAUUAUUUUUGGGGGAGAUUUCCGACAAGUUCUGCCCCUUGUCCAUAAGGGUACAAGGUCUCAGAUGGUCCAAGCCAGUCUGGUUAACUCUUCAUUUUGGAAAGAUGUGAGGAUUCUUCGUUUGCAGCAAAAUAUGAGAUCCAUCAAUGAUCCAGAGUUCUCAGAGUUUUUACUUAAUGUUGGUAAUGGAGAACAACCAUCUGUGGUUGAAGACAUGAUACGAUUACUGUCGUGUAUGGCCAUACCAUGGGAGGGUGAAGAGUCAAUCAACCGAUUAGUUAAUGAAGUUUUUCCUAAUUUGGAAUCUCAUGUAAAUGAUGCAGCGUACAUGGUCGAAAGGGCAAUAAUCACUCCAAAGAAUGAUGAUGUUGACGUGCUUAAUGAGAUUAUUAUAAAGCAAUUUACAGGGCCUGAACGGAUCCUAUAG